AUGUUAUAAAGUGAUAAUCUUGAAUAUGUGGAUUAAAUCAACUCUUGGAUAGAUCUAGGCAAUCAACUUAUCAAAUCAGCACCAAAUCAAUAAAAAUAAUUCACUAAAGAAUUGAGAGACAAACUUAAAAGUGGAAGUAACCUUUAAAUAUUUUUUUUUAGAUUAUUAAAAACCUGCUCCAAUUUAAAAGAUGGUGUUGCCUUAUCUUUUAUAAGAGAAAACUGAAGAAAGAUUUGUUUAUAUUAAAUCCCCUACUGGAACAGGUAAAACAUUAGCAUUUAUACUGCCAAUUAUAUUUUUCUUUGAUAAAGACUAUAUUCAAUAAUUUUAUUAAGCAUAAUAAGAGGGACCUGUUUAAUAUUAUCCAUAUGCUAUUAUUUUGGUUGCCACUCAUGCUCUCUUAGCAUAAAUUUAAAAAGACUUUAUAGGCGCUACUCCAGAUAGUUUAUUAAAAGAAGGAUUUGUAUUAAUUGUAAAUAUUUUAGAAAGUUUAACAUUUUGAUAAAGGUUAAGAUGAAAGUAUUAUUAUGGGUCAUGUACUUUGUGGAGUCCCAUAAAGUAUACUAAGAUUAAUACAAAAAAAAACUAUUAAUCUUAAAAAUGUUAGAUUUAUUGUUGUUGAUGAAGCAGACAAUACAAUUUUAAAUGAUAAAAAUUAGAAAGUUAUUCAAAUUAUAUCAAAAUUUUUAGAAUCUAAUAAUUUAAGAUGGAAAAUAAUAUCUUGUGGAGCAACUAUGGAAGUUUAGGAAUUAAAAGAACUUUUUAUUACUUAAUUAGGAGAGAAAAAAUAAGAUUAAUAAGAAAAUUAAUCGUUCUUUAAUUUUAAAUAUUUUAAUUUUUAAAUUGCUUUAGAUAACAUUUAUCAUUAUUAUGAUGACACUGCUGACAGAGAAGAGGAUAUGUUAUAAAAAAUGGUUUCAGUUAUUAAAGAUACUUUUAAAACCUUUUCAGAAGCAUAAAUAAUGAUAUUUUUUAAUGCAAAAACUAAAUGUCAUGAAACAAAAUUAUUAUUAAUGAAUGAUCCUUAAUUAAAAUUUUUAGUUGAAGAAAAUUAUCUUUGUGAAAUAGUUUAAGACGGUCUUCAAGAUUAUGCUACAGCUGAAGAAAUGAGAAAAUCUUAAUAAAAAAUAGUAGAUGAUUUUAAAAAUGGGUAGAUUUACAAUUUAUAUAUAGUGUAUACAAAAUAAUGUUCUGCUCUGAUUUAAUGGGUAGAGGAAUGAAUUUUAGAAAAGUGAGAUUAGUUAUUAAUUAUGGGGCACCAAGAGUUAAACCAUAUGGUGAAUUUGAUUUAAAUAGAUAUAAUCAAAGAGUUGGAAGAACUGGAAGAAUGGAAGAUCUUGGAGUAGCUUUAACAAUUUUAAAGUAUUUAUGCUAUUUUAAUUGCUUAGUAAAUCUUUAAAUUCAAGUAUAUCUGAUUCAGAAUUUAAAGAUUUUAUUGAAAAAAAAAUCUCAAACUUAAUUGUCAAGAAGUAUGAAACUACAGAUUUUUUCAAAUAAUUAAAAGAUGUGUAUACAAAAACACAAUAAAAAUAAAAAUGAGAUCUUAUUAAAAAAUAUAAAACAA